ACAGGCUCACUUUAUUGUCACAAUCUUCAUCCUUCACUCAAAAAUUCAGAAGGAACUCACUGUCGCCUGGAGACUGGCCACUGUCGAGGCAGUCACCGAGGGCAUCAACAACGCGCUUAGGGAGGCACGGAAACCCUUCCCCCAUUUACCCAGGAACACAACGAGAGCAACUCAUCGUGCUUUGCACGGACAGACCAAGAUGGCUCCAGCACGCCAACCGCAGCCUCAGUUCAACAAGGACGAAAAGGUUCUCUGCUUUCACAUGGACAUGCUGUACGAGGCCAAAAUCAUGGAUGUUCAACCAUUCGAGAAGCCAGCCGAGGGCUUCCGUUACAAAGUCCACUACAAGGGCUGGAAGAACACGUGGGAUGACUGGGUCACCGUCGAUCGCAUCCGCCCCCUUGACGACGAGCACAAGGAGUUAGCCCUGCAGCUCCAGGCCCAGCUGCGAAGCAACAUGCAGAAGAGCAACAGGAUUCCCAAGAGGACAGUCAAGCCUGGCACCACAGACUCCGCGCGCGGUAGUGAGGAGCGCUCGUCUUCGGCUGCGCAAGGGGUUCGAGGGGGGCGCAGGGGCAAAGAUUGGGAUCUCGAGCAGGAGGAUGCCUUCCACGCCAAACCUAUGAUCAACAUUGUGGUCCCCGACCAUCUCCAGGCGCUACUCGUUGAUGAUUGGGAGAACAUUACCAAGAAUAACCAGCUUGUGCCUCUUCCCCACAAGCGAUCUGUCCGCAACAUUCUCGAUGCGUACAUUGACUACGAGAGCCCGGCGCGUCCACCAGGUACAGCCAGCCACGACAUUCUCCUGGAGGUGAUCGCCGGGUUCCAAGAAUAUUUCCAAAAGGCGCUGGGCCGCAUUCUCCUUUAUCGUUUUGAACGCCAUCAGUACUUGGAGGUCCGUAAGCUGUGGGAGAAAUCAGAUGAUGAGCAGUACAAGUCACCUGCGGACGUCUACGGCGCCGAGCAUCUUGCUCGUCUGAUCGUUUCUCUGCCUGAACUUCUUGCUCAAACCAACAUGGAUCAACAGUCUGUCUCGCGCCUUAGGGAGGAGAUUUCCAAGUUCACCAAUUGGUUCAGCAAGAACAGCGAGACCUACUUUGUCAAUGAGUAUGAGACGCCCUCUUCCGAGUACAUUGACAAGGCGCGCAGCUUUUAGGAAGGCGAGCGUUCAGAGAGCAGUCUACCGCGCCGCGGCUCGCUGAGGACCGUGUAGCGACGCUGUGGCAUGAUUUUGUAUGAAUCGGGGCAUUGGUUUCUUUCUCUUUUUUUUUUCCACCCUUGCGAAUAAUUUGCUGGGGUUCGAGUUUGGGAUUGUACCCAGGGAAAAGAAAAGAGACGCAGCAGUAGACAACAGUAAUCAGCAU